GGCGGCCACUGUUUAGGGCGGGAGCGGCGGGAGCGCACGCAGAGCUGGAGGGAGUGCAGCCGCCGCCGCAGCAGCAGCAGCAGCACAUGGGCUGGCCCCGCCACUGCCACCGCCCCUAGCCCUAGCGGCCCGGGGCUCGCAGCCUCCUGCGGCACCAGCCAUGUCUCUCGGCGGAGUCUCCGAUCGCAGCGUCCCAGCCACCAAGAUUGAAAUUACCGUGUCCUGCCGGAACCUGCUAGACCUCGAUACCUUCUCCAAGUCCGACCCCAUGGUGGUGCUUUACACGCAAAGCCGGGCCAGCCAGGAGUGGCGGGAGUUCGGACGGACCGAAGUGAUCGACAACACGCUGAACCCAGACUUCGUGCGCAAAUUCGUCCUGGACUAUUUCUUUGAGGAAAAGCAAAAUCUGCGCUUCGAUGUGUACAACGUUGACUCCAAAACCAACAUCUCCAAACCGAAGGAUUUCCUGGGACAAGCGUUCCUGGCCCUGGGAGAGGUGAUCGGAGGCCAGGGCAGCCGCGUAGAGCGACCCCUCACGGGUGUACCAGGCAAGAAGUGUGGGACCAUAUUGCUGACUGCAGAGGAGCUUAGCAAUUGUCGGGACAUUGCCACCAUGCAGCUGUGUGCAAACAAGCUGGACAAGAAGGAUUUCUUUGGGAAAUCAGACCCCUUCCUCGUGUUCUACAGGAGCAAUGAGGAUGGCACGUUCACUAUCUGCCACAAGACAGAAGUUGUGAAAAACACGCUGAAUCCUGUGUGGCAGCCCUUCAGCAUCCCUGUGCGGGCACUGUGCAAUGGAGACUAUGAUAGAACAGUGAAGAUUGAUGUGUAUGACUGGGACCGCAAUGGAAGCCACGAUUUCAUCGGUGAAUUUACCACUAGCUACCGGGAGCUGAGCAAGGCCCAGAACCAGUUCACAGUGUAUGAGGUACUUAACCCUCGGAAGAAAUGUAAGAAGAAGAAAUAUGUCAACUCAGGAACUGUGACGCUGCUCUCCUUCUCUGUGGACUCUGAAUUCACGUUUGUUGAUUACAUCAAGGGAGGGACACAGCUGAACUUCACAGUAGCUAUUGACUUUACAGCUUCCAAUGGGAAUCCCCUGCAGCCUACCUCCCUGCACUACAUGAGUCCCUACCAGCUCAGCGCCUAUGCCAUGGCCCUGAAGGCAGUGGGAGAGAUCAUCCAGGACUAUGACAGUGACAAGCUCUUCCCAGCUUAUGGCUUUGGGGCUAAGCUGCCCCCAGAAGGACGGAUCUCCCACCAGUUCCCCCUGAACAACAAUGAUGAGGAUCCCAACUGUGUGGGCAUCGAGGGUGUGCUGGAGAGUUAUUUCCAGAGCCUGCGCACAGUGCAGCUCUAUGGGCCCACCUACUUUGCUCCUGUCAUCAACCAGGUGGCCAGGGCUGCAGCCAAGAUCUCUGAUGGUUCCCAGUACUAUGUUCUGCUCAUCAUCACUGAUGGAGUCAUCUCUGACAUGACACAGACCAAGGAGGCCAUCGUCAGUGCCUCCUCAUUACCCAUGUCUAUCAUUAUUGUUGGUGUGGGACCAGCCAUGUUUGAGGCAAUGGAAGAGUUGGAUGGUGAUGAUGUACGCGUGUCCUCUAGGGGACGCUACGCAGAACGGGACAUCGUUCAGUUUGUCCCAUUCCGAGACUAUGUUGACCGGUCGGGGAACCAGGUGCUGAGCAUGGCCCGACUGGCCAAGGAUGUGCUGGCCGAGAUCCCGGAGCAGCUGCUGUCCUAUAUGCGCACUAGGGACAUCCGGCCUCGGCCCCCACCCCCUGCUAACUCCAGUCCAACACCAGCUCCAGAGCAGCCCUGAGGAGUCUACAUAUCCAAUGCCUAGCAGUCUGCUCGCCUGCUCACCCACUGCUUCUGCUGAAAGCCAGAGGCACCUGGAGCCCUGGACCUCACUAGGAGGGCCAGCUUGGAGGAUUGGUGCUGGCUGACAAGCCCUCUGCUCCCUCGCCUGCAGAAGGGCCUGGCACUAUCACCGCCUCCCUGCCUUCAUGCCAAUAAUAAAGCUAAUCUUUA